AUGCCUUCCCCAGACGGAACAGCUCCGCCAGCGGAGGUGAUGUCGAUUGCUUCUCCGAUCAAUUUGGUCCUCUUCUCAGUCUUCACACUCCUAGUGUACAUGCAAUUCCGUCCCAAAGCUGCCGCUACCCUCCCCAAGGCCCCUCCGCCUGUUGUUUUCCGUACAUUCACCCCCAAGACGUUGCUCGAGUUCAACGGCGAAAACGACAAGCCUGUUUACCUUGCCGUUCGUGGGCGCGUCUUUGAUGUCUCGCCAGGAAGAAACUUUUAUGGACCGGGUGGCCCAUAUGAGAACUUUGCCGGUCGAGACGCUUCCCGAGGUCUAGCUUUCCAGAGCUUUGAUCGAGAAAUGCUGACAGAGGAUUUGUCGGCUCCGUUGGAUGAUCUGAAGGACCUGAAUGCGGAACAACUGGAGAACCUCCAAGGCUGGGAGGAGAGAUUCUCGGAGAAAUACCUUGUUGUUGGACGAGGGUAUCUGGCUGUCAGUAUUGUGACGAAGGCAUCUUGUGCAUCGCGAGCAGGCCAGGGAAACAUCUUGGAAUUCACUGGGUAA